CUGAGAUUGGCGAGCGAAUCUUUGCUCUUCUGAGAAAGCAGUGCUCAUUCGUUUAUUCUAACAAAGAAAACGCCAGUCUUAGAGAGCUCAACGAGACACUUGCAUCUAGCACCAUAGGGAGAAUAUCCUAUGUACACCUUCUUGUUGUCCUUUCCACUAAUCCUUCCGAAUGCGUGCUUAGAGCAGUUCUACAGCAGCCUGUUGAAGACGCGUCCACAGCAAAAGUGUCCUCGGAAUCAAGUAAGGAUCAGUCCUAUCUACACUUAAUCACAUCAGUCAUCGCCUGCUUGGUGUGAGAAGCGUCAUUAUCCAAGCGUCAUAAAGAACAAGAACAUGGUAAAGGUCAAUCAGUGUUUCUGAAAUGGCAUUACCUUGACUCCUCACCACCCGUAGUAUUAUAAAAAGCCACAGCCAUGAGUUGAGAAUCAUCCGUGUGGUGAAAAAAGUGCAUCUGCAGGGAGCCACGUUUUCAGGUGGAAAGGAAACUUAGGACCGAGAAGUUAACAUGUUUGCUCAGCUUGCAUUGAUUACAGCGGCAGCUUUCCUUGCCUCUGUAAUACAUGGCGACAACGACGCGGUCUAUAAAAAGGAGAUGUGCCAAACACCUAACUUUACUAACUGGAAAGACUGCAAUGGCACCGACACUGGCUACUACUUCAACCACACAAAAGGACUUUGUCUUAAACUUACAGACACUGGUUGCGUAAACCAAACGCUGUAUUCUUCGCGCAAGGCCUGCGCCACAGGGUGCAACUCAACGGAAGGAGCACGACAUUGUGCACGGGGCCCGACAAGCCCUUGUAACAGCACAAGUGAGAAAGGCAGAAGAAGAUAUUUUUACAACAUCACGACCAACGCGUGCAGUCCAUACCAGAGAUGCCAAAAUGUUCACCCUUCAGACGGGGAAAAUUCUUUCUAUACAAUAAGAUCCUGCAAGAAUGAAUGCCAGGGAUUUACUGUAGAAGAUAUUAAGCGGGAGUAACCGGAGCUGCAACAACGAAUAGCAGCUAUCUUCAAAGCGAUAAAUGAUUUUCAUGAAGCUGCUUGACAAUUGAUGUCGACAGAUAAGUUGCAAUAAAGGUGUAGAUUGAA